AUGUAUUUUACAAAGGAUUUGUAUUCGGAUGUCAUUGCAAAAGCUAAAGAACAGUAUGUGAGUCUUCCCAGGUUCAUUGGUUUUCAGUUUCAUACACCCUUUAAAGAAAUUCAGAGAGAGUCAUUAAUUUCUGAUUCGGAUUGGGUUAAGAUGAUUGAUCAUUGGAUUGAUACCCCUUCUACUUACAUCCCCUUAUACGUAGUUGAAUUACAAGACCCUAAUAUAUUACAAACUAUGGCUGAGUGUAUUGAUUUCAAUGCCCAAACUGGUAAUGGGGCUGGCAUGAGUGAAGUUGAUGAAUGGGCUGACAAUUUGCUUGUAACUCCAAUUGAAAAUAGUAAUAUCACUCCAAAUUCUGAAGGUAGGACUUGUAAGAGGACUAAGUUAGUUGUUAGAAGAGAAUCAAUUAAGUCUUUUGAGGUGCAGCCCCAACCCUCCUUCAUUGAUCCUGAGAGUAUACCUGUCCAUACAGAAUGCAGCCUCACCUCACCCCUUCCUUCAUUAAAUCUUACUCUACAACAUUCUCCCAGGACAGAACCUGAUAAUAAUGACAAAGAUAAUGUUCAUGAUGGUAGGGGACAUAAGAAGUUGAAGAGGAGUAAAAAGAAAAAGAAGAGUGUUGUGGAUGGAGGAAUCCAACAAUUUGAGAUAACUCAAUUGAGUGCCAGACUCUUGGCUAAGGAGUUGAAAGGCCUUGAAGCAUAUGAUAUUCCCACAUUGAGCAAACCCUACAUUCCUCCCCUAGAUACAUUUUUUGAAGAGAUUGUGGAUCUUAAUCAAUAUGGAUGCGAUGAGGUAGUCAGUAAUGGCUCAAAGGGGUGUAUUGAAGAUGAUGAUGAAGAAAGUGAUUAUGAAGAUAGUGAGGAAGAGAGUGGUAACAGUGAAGAAGUUUCUUUAGAUGAAGAGUCACAUUCAGAGGAGGACUUUGAUGUUGGUGUAACCAGCACUGAAGACAUGAUGCUAUUUGGUGAUCCUGAAGAUGAGGAAGAGAGAGGGGGUCAGACAAUUGUGAACAAGAUGGCUAAGUUGUAUAAAACAGGGAGGCUAUGGGUAAGAGGUA